AAACAAAAGAGCUUCCAAAAAUAAUGUUUUUGUCAAAAUUGAAUGACAGAUAUUGAACGAUCUCGAUUUCGGUUUUGAAAACUAAAAUUCUUGGCGCGAAUUUUACCUUUUGUUUAGAAAAUGAAAAAUCUUCGUAUACAAGACGAUAACAGGACAGAAAAGGGAACGCAGUGGAAAACUUUAUUGCGUAAAUAUGAAGAGAGAAACUUUUUACUUAAAAAACAGGAACAAGCGCUUCGUUUGCAAUUUCAGAUAGAACAAAAUACCAGUAAUAAUCAACCGUCAAUACAUCUGCACAAUUUAAAUUUAUUACCGACUAAAGACGAAAACGUUAAUUCUAAACAAAAUAAUCAAAGUCCUUUACAAGUUCUCUCACAUUUGAAGUACGCCAUACGGAAUAAAGUUCCUUCAUUGCCUCUAAUCUCGGCAAAUUUCCAAUGUUCAAGAAAGCGUCUAAAUAUUACAGAUAAAGAAUUAAAUAGUUCAACGUAUGAAGACAACUGCUUGAAUUUUCAAAAAUGCAACAAGACACGAAACGAAAAGACAAAACAUAAAUGCGAUAAGUCGGAUGGCAAAAACGCACUAUCGAAAUGUGAAUUAGCGCAGUGUAAAGAAAGACAUGACAAAUCAGAAAAGUAUGCUCAAGAAUUAAACAAUCUAAAAUUUCAAUUGGCAUCUACUAUUCAAAGUAUGCGUGGUUUGGAAAGUGUUAAUAGCGAGCUUAGAAAAGAAAUGUGUCUCCUAAAGGACAAAAGCAACAACGUUACGAAAACCUUCAUCGAUCAAAAGCUAGACGAGACACAUACUAUUGCCAAAUUAAGAGAAGAACUCCUGAAAAACAAGAAGUACUUUGACGACAAUGCUAGUUUGUGUAUGUUAGCAAGAAGGGUUAGCGAAACUCUUAUGGAGAUGGCGAAUUUUACGGAAGUAGACUUGGAAGAAGUAGAAAAACGAAUGGAAGCUAUAAGAAAAGAAGAAGAAGCGCUUUCCAAAACGGAACCAUCUAGAAAUAGUAAGAUAUGCAUUUGCUCCAAUUGUUGCACGUGUGAAGAAGAUUUAAAAAAAGCUAAACUGAGAGAGGAAAGAAUCAAACAAAUUUUAUCGAGAAAAAGGGAUGCCUGUACUACAAAUUCUCUCGAUGCACUUGAAGCCGAAGAUAAACCCAUUAAAGUAAUAAGAGGAAUCGAAUUAGUUUGCGAAGGUUUUGGAGAAGGCGGUGGAAAGUUACUUGAUAAACUUAAAGGAAUAGAGCUGGAAGAAGAACUAGAAUCCGGUGCUAUAAUCGAACUUUUAGGAGAAUUCGAUGAAGAAGGAGAAGAAAUUGGAGAGUAUGGAUUUGACCAAUUUACAGGUGGUCCGACAGGUGAAUUGGCAGAACUAGAAGAGGAAGUCAGAAAUCUAAUUCAAGAAGACUUGUUAGGUUUUCCAUCAGACUACAUUGCUGAUGGCGGAUUUCCUUCAGAUUUUGUUCCUGACAAAGAAUUAAUUGAAACCGCCGGUGGACCACUAGCCGAAGUUGAAAGAGAUUUAAUAUCAGAAGCAGAUGGAAGCGUUCUUGGAGAUAGGGUUGGUUACGCCGACGACGCAGCAGGUGCAGGUUUUUCCGAAGACGCUGUUGAUUAUGCUGCCGCAGGUUCAGAUUAUUCAGAGGGUGCUCCUAGUUAUGCUGGAGCAAGUUUAGACUAUGCUGAAGGUCCAGGCGUAACAGGUUACGAUGAUACAGGUGCCCCUGGUUAUAGUGGUGGAGGACCUGAUUAUUCUGAAAGCGGCCCUGGUUUUACUGGUACAGGACCUGAUUCCAGAGAAGAUGCAGGUCGAGGAUUCGCAGAAGGUACUUCAGAUUUCAUUGGCUCAGGCCUUCAACCUUCAGCGGAUGCAAGUGGUUACGCCGGUACAGGUGCAAGUUAUGCCGAAGGUGGUCCUGGUGGUACAGGUGCAAGUUAUGCCGAAGGUGGUCCUGGUGGUGCAGGUGCAAGUUAUGCCGAAGGUGGUCCUGGUGGUGCAGGUGCAAGUUAUGCCGAAGGUGGUCCUGGUGGUACAGGUGCAAGUUAUGCCGAAGGUGGUCCUGGUGGUGCUGGUGCAAGUUAUGCCGAAGGUGGUCCUGGUGGUACGGGUGCAGGAAUCGGGGGAGGUGCAUCUGAUUCUGCUGGUGCAGGAAUCGGGGAAGGUGCAUCUUAUUCUGCUGGUGCAGGUGCAGAAGAUAGAACUGGUCAAGCUGGCUAUGGUGGUCCAGCAGCCGACUACAGAGAAGGUACAGGUGCAAGUUUUGCUGAAGGUGGCCCUGCUGAUACUGGUAUAAGACCCGAUCGUGGAGAAGGUGAAUCCGAUUUUACUGGCGCAGGUGGAGGACCUACUGAAGGUGCUUCUGAUUAUGUUGGCGCAAGUGCGGAUGUUGGAGAUACUCCGAAUGUCAUUGGUGCAAGUGAAAGUUAUGCAGAAAGCGCUCCCAGUUAUACCAGCGGUGGUCCAGGUUACUUGGAAGACGCAAGUGUCGAUGAAAGUGGCGCAGAUUAUGAUAAAACUAAACCAAGUGAUACUGAAGACGGUUCAAGUUUUUAUGAUGACGACAGAAAUUUGUCAGAAGCUGAUUCAAAUUUUUAUGAAGAACAGAUAAGUACUGCUGAAGAUGAACUAGCUGAUGCUACAGGCAAAACAGAAAGUGGAGAAAGUAUUUCCACAAAGCAUUCUGUUUACUCUGAAGAGGGAAGAAACAUAGAAGAAGAACAUCCCCCCGGGUGCGAAUGCGUUGACUGCAUUUGUUCAGGAAUCACAGAAGAAAGGGAAAGUGCAGAAGUCGAAAAAACAGCAAAAGGAAUUUUAGAAACCAUUGACGAAGAAAGGUUAGAAGAAGAUGGUAAACAAGGACGAAUGGGCGGCGAAAGAUUUAUAGAUGAAAAAGAUCAAGUAAAAGGUUCUGAAAAAGUUUCUCCAGAUACGUUAGAAAGUUCGAAAUGCUUAGAGAAGGGUACAUGCACUGACAUGGACGACAUUUUAAAACUGUUAUCAUCCAUAGAACCAUGCAGUUGUGCCCCACAGGAAAUAAAGGAAAAACAAAAGAAAAAGGAACGAAGAAAAGAUGAUUCAAAAACAUGCGUAUGCGUGGGUGAAGAUCGAAUUGAAUCUUCUAGCAGUGAAGAAUGUCCACCAGUAUCAUGUAUUGUGUCCACACAAGCGUGCCAGGAUGUAAUAUCACAAAUUCGAGAUCAAUUUUUGCCUUUUCAGUCUUCUCACGAUGUUACAAGACCUGGUGAAAUAGGACCUGAUGAUUACAGCAUUACAACAGCUGUUGCUGACUCAGGAACAAUUGAAAUUAUUACAGAAGGACCUGAUGGUGUAAUAGAAACAUCUAUGACAUACACACCAUCUGGAAAUAUAGAUGUUAAAACAGAAAUAACUGAAUAUGAAUGUCCAGUUAAAGAAGAAUGUCUUACUAGAGCUCGAGAAAGUGAGUUGUACGCAGAUAUAACCGAACCUUUUGAAGGAGGUGGUCAAGAAGACACUGACGAAAUAGCAAGAGACGUUGCCGAUGCUUUAAAUAGAGCAAACCAAGAAGUUAUGGAUGCCUUGAGCAGAGCAAAUCAAAGUGUCACUGAUGCAAUGGAAAAAGCAAACCGAGAUGUAGAAAGUGCUCUAGCAAUGGUAAUGGCCAGAAAAUCUAGUAGUCCGUUGGGUGAAUCAGAAACAAGUGAAAAGGCUGUACAAGAAGAUGAGGGUGAUGUCGUUGGAGAAUCUGGCAUUGUACAUGGAACAGAAAGUGGAGAAGAAACGGGCAAACCCUGGAAAGGAGACGAAGAGGAAGGGGCAUAUGGAGAAGAAAAACCCGGCCAAGGAAGAGAAGAUAUAGACAGAUUAGAUGAACAUGGGGAAAGCUUCGGUAAGAGAGAAGGUGAAGAUCAAUGGGCAGCUGAUGAAGAAAGACCUGUCAGAGACGCAGAAAAAGGUGAAAAGGGAUGGGAAGAUGGCGAAAGAGAGACUGGUGCAGCUGGAAAAGCAGGUAAGGACGGUUGGAAAGGUGGCGAUGACGGAGUUGGUACAGACAGAGGGAGAGGCGCAGAAGGAUGGGAAAGUAGUGAAGGAAAAGCAGGUGGAAAAGCAGGUGAGGACGGUUGGAAAGGUGGCGAUGAAGGAGUUGGUAUAGACAGAGGGAGAGGCGCAGAAGGAUUGGAAAGUAGUGAAGGAAAACCUGGUGGAGGAAGAGAAAGAGAUGAUGAUGUAUGGGAAAGCGGUGAAAAAGGAACUCGCUUGGGAGGAGAAACGGCUGGGGAAGAAUGGGAAAGCGGUGAAGGAAAACCUGGCAAGGAAAGGGAAGGCGAUGUCGAUGCUUGGGAAACUGGGGCUGGAAAACUUGAUAAAGAUAUAGGCGGGGAAUAUGAAAAAGAAUGGAGAGGAGAUGAAAGGGGAGAAUAUUCACAAGAUACAAGAGGGGGUGAGAAUGAAUGGGAUGACGAUAGGCCGGGCAAAGAAAGAGAAGACGUUGAAAGACAAUGGGAUAGAGAAACAAUAGAAGACGAAAGGGGUGAAGCACCAGAUGGAAUGCAAAUUGGUGGAGAGGGAACUGCAGAUUAUGUGGAAGAUGACAUAUCAAUACAUCAUGAAGACGAAACAGGCGAAUGUACUUGUGAAGAGUGUUUAAAUAUAGAAGCCGGUGUGUUAGGAGCUGGCGACUGUACUUGUACAGCUGAAUGUAAAUGUCCUAUAUGUAACGAUUUAAAAAUAAUAGAAAAGGCUAGCCGUAUGCCAUCUUCACAUCCAUUCGGUUGUACCUGCAUAGACUGUUUGUGUAAAGAAAAUUUACUAAAAGAAACUCUUGGAGUUCAUAAGCAUCCUCCUGAUUGUGAUUGUAUUGCAUGCANUCAAAGUUAA